GGCCGAGCUGCAGCCGCAGCCACUCCUUGUGUUUGCAGUGAGCGAGACCCGGCGGAGCGGCGGCGAUGAGCGGGCGGCGCUGAGCCAGCCGAGAUGGACGCGGAGGCCACCAUCCCCAUCUGGCAGAACAAGCCCCAUGGCUCAGCCCGCAGCGUGGUCAGGAUGAUCGGCUCCAACCUCCCCCUGAAGCCCUGUCCCAGGGCCACCUUCGAGGUGCUGCCCAGUGUGUCAGAUCUGUAUUUGGGUGAGGUGCCCCCCGUGCCCACCUUGGCUGACAUCGUGUGGAUUGCGGCGGACGAUGAGGAGACCUACGCCAGGGUCAGAAGUGACACUCGCCCGCUGAAGCACAAGUGGAAGCCCAGUCCCUUCACAGUGAUCCAGAGAAACGCCUCAGUGCCCAACCUGAGGAGGCAGGAGGAGAAGCUGCUGGCCCUGAAGAAGCCUGGUUUGCCAGCCCUGAGCAGGACCACGGAGCUGCAGGAUGAGCUGAGUCACCUGCGCAGCCAGAUCGCCAAGAUCGUGGCUGCAGAGUCAGCCUCUGCCCAGCUGAGCCCGGAGCUGCUGUCCCCGGGGAGCUCCAACGCCUCCUCCCCCGUGCACUGCUUCGGGCCCUCCUUCCAGUCCACCACGUCCUUUGUCAUCAGCGACAUCACGGAGGAGGAGGCGGAGCUGGAGAGCCCCGAGCUGCCCUCGGUGGCCGAGCUCUGCUCCGCCCCGGAGAGCUGCCGGCCCGAGCCCAAGGAGCCCGAGGAGGAGGAUUCCGUGUCCCUUUCCAAGGCCAGCAGCUUUGCUGACAUGAUGGGAAUUCUCAAAGACAUUCACAGGAUGAAGCAGAGCAAGGAUCUGAGCCGUCCCUCUCUCAAGGAGCAGGACCCUGCCGUGCUCAUCGCCGAGGUGCUCCGGAGGAAAUUCGCCCUCAAGGACGAAGACCUGGCCCUGAAGGAGAAGUGAUGCUGCUGCCAUCAGCUCUGUAAGCACCAGAAAAUGCUCCCCAAAGCUCUGCACAGUAGCUGCCUUGUCCCCAGGAUUGCUGAGCUGCUCUGUGAGGGAGCAGCCGUGCUUUGAGCAGGACUCUCGGGCAGGAAAGGCCCUUUGGCUUCGGUGUGUUUUCCAUGUGUUGUUCUAUUUAAGAAAAACCUUUUUCAGAAGAUGGAAGCUCUUUUCCACCUGUGUUUUGGUGUUGGUGAGGAUCUCCUGGAGGAAGUUUUCUACCUGCACUUUUCCUUAGGUUGCAGUUAAGCACUGAGCUGUGAGGAUAAAACCAGUCCCUGUGCAGGGUGAGCAGGACAAACCCUGCACUCCUCCAUCCUGCUCAGGAGUGCUUCCAGCUCUCCAGGCCUUUGGGGGAUGUUGGAAAAUAUUUUUAUUUUUCCCCCAAACCCCCCUGGCUUUGUUCUGAGGGAUCCCCUGAGCCCUGGGUGUUUUUUCUCUCACAGAUCAGCCCCCACAGUUGCAUGACAGAAUGGCCUUAAUUUCUUGCCAGUAAUUUAAUGUUCCAUUACCAGUCCCUGUGUUUUAUUUCACCCCCCAAAGGUCUCUUGAUUGACCUUGCACCAGUGCAAAGGGCCAAGCAGCCCAGGGGAGGGAGAGCUUGGCCUUGGCUGUGGCUGCAGUUCCCCCUCACCCAGAGCUCUCCCCCAGCUCCACGUUCCCUGCACUGCCCCUCAUGGCUGUAUUUAAAAUAUGAUUUUUUUUUUUCCUUUCUAUAAAAUGGAGCCUUAAUAAGA